AUGUUUGGCACAGUUGCCCGAUUUUGGUUUAGUUUCGGAAAGAAGGCCGAGCAGCGGCCGAUCAAUGAUUCAAAAGAAAGAAGGCCGAGCAGCGGCCGAUCGAGGAUUCAGAAGAAAGAAGACCGAACAGCAGCCGAUCGAGGAUUCAGAAGAAAGAAGACCGAACAGCAGCCGAUCGAGGAUUCAGAAGAAAGAAGACCGAACAGCAGCCGAUCGAGGAUUCAGAAGAAAGAAGACCGAACAGCAGCCGAUCGAGGAUUCAGAAGAAAGAAGACCGAACAGCAGCCGAUCGAGGAUUCAGAAGAAAGAAGACCGAACAGCAGCCGAUCGAGGAUUCAGAAGAAAGAAGACCGAACAGCAGCCGAUCGAGGAUUCAGAAGAAAGAAGACCGAACAGCAGCCGAUCGAGGAUCCAGAGAUACCGCGAGGAGCCGAAGGUAAGGCUUCGGAGUCACAACUUGAAAACUUUCUUGCAGCCAUUUUUGAACAAAUGCGUAUUCAACAUGAGGAAAUGAAAACGCUGCUCACCGCCUUGGCACCCACGCAGAGAACCACCGUCCAGGAGGUCAGCAAGGAUCAAUACGACCAGCUGAGUGAGGAUGUGCAAAUGUUCGUGUCCGACGAAGAGGUGGGUCACACUUUCGCCUAUUGGUACAAGAGGUACGGACCGGUCAUCAGAGAUUCGGUCUUGCUGGAUAGCAAGAAGUGCAAUUCGAUCCUCAUGAAGCUGGACGAGGAUGCAUAUCGCAAAUAUGCUAAUGACAUACUACAGAAACAACCGCACAAGAUCGAUUUUGAGACGACGGUCGCGAAUCUGGAGAAGCUUUUCGCGUCAAGGAAGACGCUGAUUCGAUGA